GCUGGCUGCCGCGGCCCCGCCCCCACUCCACCCCCGCGCAUUCUUCUCCCUUGUAAGGCCCGGCCGCCGUCCCCCCAAGCCCGGCUGUGCCCCUGGAACCAACAGCCCGCCGGGAGCUGCUGCCAGCCAGCGCCGCAGCACCGCAGCAGCAGCAGCAGCAGCAGCGACGUCUCCUCUCGGCAGCAGGGAAACCCCAACACCCAAAGCCAAGAUGUCCAGCAAGCGGGCCAAGGCCAAGACCACCAAGAAGCGGCCCCAGAGGGCUACGUCCAAUGUCUUCGCCAUGUUUGACCAGUCCCAGAUCCAGGAGUUUAAGGAGGCCUUCAACAUGAUUGACCAGAACCGGGAUGGCUUCAUUGACAAGGAGGACCUGCAUGACAUGCUGGCCUCUCUGGGGAAGAACCCCACAGAUGAGUACCUGGAGGGCAUGAUGAGCGAGGCGCCGGGGCCCAUCAACUUCACCAUGUUCCUCACUAUGUUUGGGGAGAAGCUGAACGGCACAGACCCGGAGGACGUGAUCCGCAAUGCCUUUGCCUGCUUUGACGAGGAGGCCUCAGGCUUCAUCCAUGAGGACCACCUUCGGGAGCUGCUCACCACCAUGGGCGACAGAUUCACAGAUGAGGAGGUGGACGAGAUGUACCGAGAGGCGCCCAUUGAUAAGAAGGGCAACUUCAACUAUGUAGAGUUCACCCGCAUCCUCAAACAUGGCGCCAAGGACAAGGACGACUAGGCCUUUCUUAGCUGUCCCAAUGUCCAGACCCCACCAGAGUCACCUCCCCAACAGGCGCUCGCAUGCACACACACACACACACACACACACACACACACACACACUACCCUCCUCCCGAGGGGUUAGGGUCCCAGCUCCCAGGGCAGGAAAUGAGCCAAAAGACCCACAGGGUGACCAGGCAUUCCACGCCGGCCCCGGGCACUGAAACGGAUCUCUGACCCUGCAAGGAAGGCCUUCAUUGGGGAGGUGAGCCAAGGGUGGGACCAGCAGGCACCAUGGGGAGGCCCCUGAAGAUGGCCGCCCACAACCAUGACCUCACAUUCCCAGGCUGCCCUGAGGAGGAAAACACCUGUGUCCUGGUAUUGGAUGCGAAUUCCCAGCAUCCCACAAAUGCACACACACGUUCACCGUGUCCUUUCAGACGGUGACAGUCCACACUGAAGCCUGGCCGGUUGUCAGAGCACACCCGGAAUGCACAGAGGGGAGCCGCCUGAGGGGACACAGUCUCUAAUACAAGGCUGAGCACUGCC